CAAGUUCAAACAACCUACACACACAAAGACAACACAAACAUCCCUUGAUUCACCAUGCAUUUCUCCCACAUCUUGCCCUAUCUGAUCGCCGGCGUGUCGGCCAUUGACCUCUAUGCCUCGCGAUCAAACACCUGCGGUGCGGCCGACGGCACCGUCAUCUGCAGAAACGUGAACCCCACAGAGUGCUGUCCUCGUGCUUCAGGCAAUGCCUUCCGCAGCAUCGAGGUCCGCGCCAUUCCGACCAGUUGGCGCAUUACCGGCCAGGCCUUCAAUGGAGGUGAUUGCAGAAACGUCCUCUACGUAGUUCAGUCCAACGGCCGGGAGAACAUCUGUCUCGGCAACAGUGACUACUCCGGCGGCUCCUAUAUCUUCCAAAACUUGAGGCGCUCCAUCGACGCCGCUCCUCAGGAAGCCUGUCCUGCAUCGGGCUGCAACGUCCGUAGGGGCAACGAGAUGGUCUUCGAGGGUGGCCCGAGUUACAACAUGUCUGCGCUUGAUGAGUCGGACUAUGAUGAAUUGCUCAGCAUCUUCGAGACUGGAGCUCAUUGGACCGAGUUUCCGGCCAAAUUCGACGAUUACAAGAUUGCGCAGUAGGUGGAAAAGCAUUGGGAGCGGAAACU